UUCGUGCAGUUUGACUCAGUGUCAUUCAAGACUUGGGUACCGACAGUCGAACACCGCUCGUUAACACAAUGGCGCCAAAAUUCAAGACUGAAAAAGUAGGGAUCGUUGGAAGCGGUCUCAUCGGUCGCUCCUGGGCGAUGCUGUUCGCAUCAGUCGGCUACCAGGUGACGGUGUACGACAUCGUGGCGAAGCAGGUUUCCGAUGCCUUAGAAGACAUCAAGCUGCAGCUCAAGACCUUGGAGAAGGACGGCCUGUUGCGAGGAACGCUCAAUGCUGAUGAACAGUUCCAGUGCAUCAAAGGAUCUACUGAUCUGGCCACCGCAGUAAAAGGCGCGAUCUUCGUCCAGGAAUGCGUGCCCGAGAGCUUGGAAUUNUGUUUCAUUUUUAUAGGAUGUCUCUUCAAAAUAGUUGUUUUGAAUUUACAGGUCAUUGUCUCGCACCCAGUGAAUCCUCCUUACUACGUGCCACUGGUGGAGAUAGUUCCUGCACCAUGGACCACGCAGGAGGUCGCCAAGAAGACGAGGGAAAUCAUGCAGGAAAUCGGUCAGGAGCCGGUUUCUCUUUCCAGACAAAUCGAUGGAUUUGUGCUGAACCGCAUACAAUACGCCAUCCUGAACGAGGUCUGGCGCCUGGUUGACGAUGGCAUCGUGGACGUGAAAGACAUUGACAAGGUCAUCUCCGAGGGCCUCGGCAUGAGAUACGCCUUCUUGGGCUCUUUGGAGACCGCUCACUUGAACGCUGAGGGCAUGAAGAGCUAUAUUGAACGAUAUGGGGAAACAAUCUACAGCGUCAGCAACACCUCUGGCCCGAACCCUCGCAUGACGCAGAGCAAGAGCGCGGACAGCAUCUGUCAGCAACUGAACGCGAUGGUUCCCCUCGACCGCUUGCAGGAGCGCCGCGCCUGGCGGGACGCCUGCCUCACCAGGCUCGCACUCCUCAAGAAGGAAAUGAACAAGAAGUACAAGCAAUAAAGUUCCUAAUUAUCAACAGCUGUAGAUCGGUUUUGGCGGCUACCGUCAAAUAUGAUCUAUGCCUAUACUAUACUAUACAACUAUACUAUACAAGUGCCUUGUGAGAUGCAUAAGGAUCAUUAAUUUAUUUAUCACACAAGCAUUUCAAGAGCGCUUUUUCAGUGUGAAAAAUACUAUACUAAAUGCUGCAUUUCUCGAAAAUAAGAAAACAGCUAUUAAUAAUAGCAGCAGCUGUUUCUCAAUAAUAUUAUUAUCGUGCAUAAUGUACCUAAUACAUACCUACUUAUAAUGUUGUUGCUCAUAAAUAUACUAC